CAGCAUUCCCAUCCGAUGCAUUCGGUCGGAGCGGCUAUGUAUGGCGAGGAUACGACAGGGCAAACUGGUGUUAGUAGCCGCAGCCCUCCUGCAUCCAUGCACAAUUCCGCAAGCCACGCUAGUGCUGCCAAUCAUAUCGUACAACAACAGCAGCAACAGCAACAGCAGCAGCAGCAGCAGCAACAGCAAGUGGCUGCAGCAGCUGCAGCAGCAGCAGCGGCGGCCGCCCAGCAACAGCAAGUGCAGACCCAGUCAGCAGCGCCCCAGCAAACACAGAAUACUACUUCGUCGAACACAUCCCAGCAGCAGAGCAGUUCCGGGUCUGUGGUAUCCCCAGCAACGCAAAUCGUUCCUCCUUCCGCAGCUAGUGAAUCGCCGGGGAGCGUAAGCUCUCAACCCUCAGGUCCUAUUCAUAUACCAGCAAAACGUCCUGCGUUUGAUACGGAUUCUCGACUGAGGCACUCGUAUCCAUGGGGUAACGAGUCGGCGGCUGAUUACGCUUACCAUGCACAGUAUCCACCGUAUGCGCUGGCGACUGAUAUCAAACCAAUGUAUUACCCAAGCUACCCAACUGAUGCCAAUUUUCAACCCCAUCCAUAUUAUCCAAAAUAUGAACCGGACGCCUACAUAGCAGCCUCAACUGAACGAUCACGAGGGGUCGCGGGUGAACCACCUUCCUUGCAGUCUAGCUAUGAAUCAUACAACUCUUCCGGGUUGAGAUCUUAUUCCAGUGAAACAUAUCCUAAUGCUGGUUCCAGUUUAUCGGUUGGUGUUAGUGGUGUAGGAUCAUGUACGCCUUCCAACCCGCUCGAAUGGACAGGAAAUGUAACUGUGAGAAAGAAACGAAAGCCAUACUCGAAAUUCCAGACUUUGGAAUUAGAAAAGGAGUUCCUGUACAAUGCCUAUGUUUCAAAGCAGAAACGUUGGGAACUGGCCCGCAAUCUCAACCUCACCGAACGUCAGGUUAAAAUAUGGUUCCAAAAUCGGCGAAUGAAGAACAAGAAAAACAGUCAGCGUCAAUCAGCGCAAGCCAAUAGUGGUAGUAGCAACAACAGUUCCAGUCACAGCCAUUCCCAGCCGCAGGCCCAUCAUAAUCCUCAUCAUAUAAGUAUUGGUCUGGGAAUGUCAACACUACAUGGUUCCAAAAUGCAUCAGUGACCUUUAGAGC